UACAUAUACCUGUAUGCAAUCUUAAUAAGCGGAAUACGUAGCAAGCUGAAGUUACUGUCUCUGAAGUUAAGCCAAUAUCUGGGGAUUAGAUUUUAUCUCUGGGCUCCGCACAAGUGCCUGUGAAGGUACAUUUCUGUCAUACUCGUAGUGAAAUGCAAUAACCGUAACUUCUGCCGGUGAUUUUGUCUUCAGCGUCCAAAUAAAACAGAGCUGAUUUGCGUUUCAAUGAAACGCCGACCAGUUUGGACGAGCAGCAACAAAAAUAUGAACUAAACAGAAACAAGACUUCUUUGCUCGAAUUUAGUCGUGUUACAUACUGCUAUGCUUCCAAACUUCAACGGGUUUCCUUCUCGUCGAUGUGUCAACAAAAACAUCUUUACAUGGUUCGUUAACAUUACUUUGUUUCUUCUGUCGUUAUCAAGCGUGGCUGCUCCUUCUAACAACCUGACUCAUCACGAUGGAUCAAGUGAGCGAACGCAUCGCGUUAGGGCUACAUUUCCACCGCCAGAAAUCGAACCAGAUAUAGUCAUUGGAGGUCUUUUCCCAAUCCAUGCAAGAAACGUCAGCAAAAAUGGUCCUCCUAAAUGUGGCACUCUCAACAUAGAACGGGGAUUUCACCGUUUGGAAGCUAUGAUCUUUGCUGUAGAUCAAAUCAAUCGAAACCCCAAUCUUCUUCCAAACAUAACUCUCAGUAUGUCUGCCUAUGACACUUGCGAUUGGUACACAAAGGCGCUAGAAGAAUCGCUCGAGUUUGUCAUGGAGUCGCAAUCUAAGACCAUUUGUGAAGCAGGGUAUAAGCCUGCUUCGCUGGCGUCAAAGAAAAACAAAAUAUUAGCUGGGGUUGUCGGUGCGGCAUCAAGCUCCGUUUCUAUUCAAGUUGCGAACCUUUUGCGGCUUUUCAAACUGCCUCAGAUAAGCUACGCAUCGACCACGCCUGACCUCAGUGACAAAACAAAAUACGACUUUUUCAUGCGAACUGUUCCCCCUGAUAAUUACCAAGCCCGGGCAAUGGUCGAUGUUGUCCGGGGAUUGAAGUGGACUUCCGUAUUCACAGUCCACUCCGAGGGGAUUUAUGGUGAACGAGGAAUCCGAGAGUUUUCGAACGGAGCAAAAGCCGCAAAUAUUUGCAUCGCGGGUUCGUAUAAGAUCGAAGGCUCCAACAACGAGAUGCAAAUAAAAGACAUCAUAACAGAUUUUGGAAGACAUGAGCAAGUCCGUGGAGUGAUUUUGUUUUGUACCGAUACAGACGCAAGAAGGCUUCUCAGAGAGGUGAAGAUGCAGAACAGGGCCCAGCACUUCAUAUGGGUGGCAAGCGACUACUGGGGAACAAGAAAGAAGACCAUCAAAGGCCUAGAAAAAUAUGCAGAAGGCGCCAUAACUAUUAGUCUGACGGAAGCCCAUGAUCCAAAGUUCAAAAACUACUUUACUUCUCUUAAACCAGGCACAAACAGGACCAAGGUGAAUCCCUGGUUUGAUGAGUUUUGGGAGAUGAAGUUUGGCUGCAGACUACAAAACAAUGAAAGUUCCUGUUCUAAAAACUAUUCCCUGGCAGCAAGCGAUGUGCGUAUCGAUGAUAAAGUGCCUUUUCUCAUUGACGCCGUGUACGCUUUUGCAUAUGGUUUGGACAAGAUGUACAAACGCAUGUGUGAAGCACAGAACGGUCUUUGCCAAAGAAUGUUAAAAGAAUUCGAACGCAAAAACCUGCGCGAUGAGCUUUUUAACUUGACUUUUACUGGAGUGACAGGCGCCGUAAGUUUUGAUAAGAACGGCAAUGGUCCCGGGCGAUACGACAUUUAUCGCCUGGAACGCAGUCGAUACAGAAAAGUUGCGUCCUGGAAUGGGAAGCUGUACAACGCAACGAGGCUUUUUCAAGGAGGCAAAAAUGGUACGAUUCCUUUGUCAGAUUGCAGUUCACCGUGCGAGGCUGGGUAUCGAAAAAUUUUUGACAAGGAGGGAUCUUGUUGCUGGAACUGCGAACGCUGUGCGGAGGAUUAUUAUGUAGAAGAUGAGACAAGUUGCAAACUGUGCCAAAAAGGACAACGGCCUAAUGCCAAGAGGAACGGCUGUGAACCACUGCCUCGACGUAACAUUGCCGGAAGCUGGAUAGUUAUGGUCAUGUUAUUUUCUGGCCUCGGCAUCAUGUGCACAAUAUUUGUUGGGACCCUAUUCCUCAUCAACAACGACACCCCUCUGGUGAAAGCCUCCGGAAGGGAACUGUCAUGCACACUACUCUUCGGCUUGUUGUCUUGUUAUACAUUUUCGUUUUUCAUGUUGGCCGAGCCUUCGCCCUCCAUUUGCGCCAUCCAGCGGUUUGGCCUGGGAUUCUCGUUUUGUGUAUGUUAUGCUUCCAUUCUCAUCCGAACCAAUCGAAUCGCAAGAAUUUUCGAGAGGAGCAAUCGAUCCACGAAACCUCCUCUCUUCAUCAAUCCAGCGUCACAGAUUGCAAUACUGACAGUUUUUGUCAGUAUCGACAUUGUGUUCUCAGUCAUUGGUCUAGUAAAAUGGCCUCCAGAAACAAUCCUUGCCUACCCAACAAAUAAAGACGUUUUACUGAUAUGCAACAUUGAAGAUUACGAUUUGGUUUUCGCACUGACGUACAACGUCUUGAUUAUCAUUCUUUGUACAUUCUACGCCUUUAGAACGCGUAAAACGCCAGCGAACUUCAACGAAGCCAGAUACAUCGGAUUUGCCAUGUACACAACUUGCAUCAUUUGGGUGGCGUUUCUUCCCGUACAAAUAGGCGUGAACAAAGACUACGCUACCAUAACACUUGCAAUUAAUACGACUUUGAACGCCACAACUCUGUUACUGUGUAUUUUUGGACCCAAGGUCUACAUCCUCGUAUUUAGGCCUACGAGGAACCUUCGAAGUAGGUCCUUAAAUAGUUGGCGCGCACACGACGCUAAAAAUGUCCCCAAUACACAAGGUCGCUUACAGUCCGACAACCAAGUCACCGACCCAAGCAUCCAGAGUGCUGUAACUGAGUUAGGAAUCGAUAAUCUUACUACACAAAAUGAGUUUGCGCAAGGCGAGGCCGCGCUGUGAGGAAAUAUCGCGGGCUCCGUCUCCGUAUCAGUCUAAAGUCCCACAGUUUCUUGGGUAAGUUAAGUGGGGAAACUGUAAAUCGACAGUGAAUCUUUCACUCUAAACGCAACUCAAAUACUCAAAUAGAAGCUAUAACUUCUUAGUUUCCGUCGUGAAGUCAAGAAAUCUUUCCACAAGAUUUUUGGAAAGCCCUAGCUCAACUUGAAGGAAAGUUAAGUCCACGUUUGCGCGAACGGCAAACUUCAAAAAUUGAUCACUUUCUUCUUGUUGUCAGAGGAAACGAAAGCGAAGUCCAAGACAAUUUUUUUUUCAUUCCCAUUUGCUUUAAGAAUAGUUAUAAUUAUAAAAGUAGAUAGAAAACUUAGAAUAAAUUAUUUUUAUAAGCCAAUCAAGAAUUUUGCCGACAACAUAAUAUCAAGGGCGGCAAGCGCAAGUAAGGGCGCGAAAAUCUGCGCGACCAAUCAUGGUUGAUCUUUAUUACCACUUCAUUUGGUUGUAAACGGCGUCAACUUUUUUUCAGCCAAUCACGGACAGGUGGAUUAUUUUCCUUUGAAAAAGUAACUUUAUGAUUAAUUUUAUUUAAAAUUAACAACAAAAUUUAAAAUAAUUGAGAAAAAUCUUAGUUUAGUAAUGUACAAAAUCGAAUGAAAUUAUUUUCUAAGAGAGUUUAUAGAUAUCAUUAGCCUACGAGAAAGCCCUCGUUACUCGUGCUUCGGUACAUGCAUUUCUUCGCCCGCCGGAAAGUAUGAAGCCUGGAGCAUAAGUGCCAGACCCCUCGCAAACCGCUCCCCGACUCUUCUCAAUCUUC